AUGUCGCACGCGGUGCACCGCGAGGUGCACCCGCCCACGGGCGUCGACCACGCGGUGACGGCGUACUUCACGCGCCCCGUGGGCGACGGCGGGGACCCGAAUCUGAUCGUCGCGAGCGCGAAUCGCAUCACCGUGUACGCCGUCAAUCGGCGCGGUGACGAAGAAUCGCUCGACGUGUGCGCCGAGUUCGACGCGCAGGGCGCGAUAGGGUCGAUGAGCGUCCUGAGACGACGGUUCGGGGCGCCGAGGAAUCAGCGAGACGCGCUGUUGAUCGCGAUUCGCGAGCGAAAGCUGAGCGUGGUGGAGUACGACGCGGCGACCGGGGACGUGUGCUGCUCGUCGAUGCACUCGUUCGAGAGUGCGCUGGGGUGUAAUCCACUGGGAACGACGCUGCGGAUGUCGAGAGAGGCGCCGCUGGUGGUGAGCGAUCCCGAGGGUCGGUGCGCGGCGGUGGUGCUGCGGGAGGACGGCGUCGCGGGCAAGGUGCGAGUGCUGCCGAGCGUGGACGGGGGGUUGGGGCUGGUGGCGAACGACGACGAGGGACGCGUGCGAGGACCCGCGGCGAGCGUGCGCGAGUCGUUCCCGCUGCACCUGCCGGGGGUGCGAUUGAUUCGCGACGCGUGUUUUUUGCACGGAUACGGCGAGCCGGCGCUGGCGGUUUUGUACGAAAAGACGCCGACGUGGGCUGGGCGGUAUAACCUGAGCAAAGAUACGUGUGAGAUCGUGGCGCUGAGCGUGGACGUUGACAAGCAAAAGGGGACGGUGAUUUGGCGUCGGCAGAACUUGCCGUCGAGCUCGUACAAGUUGACGGCGCUCUUGCCGCCGCUCGGCGGCGCGUUGGUGUUUUCGCAAGACUUUUUGCUGCACGAAUCCCAAGAGAGCUCGUCCGUGCUCGGGUUGAAUACUUUCGGUCACGGUGGGCCGCAAGAAGGGAACGACGCCGAAAUCACGUUAGAUGGCGCUCAGGCGUCUGUUGUGUCGGAAGAUCGCGUCUUGGUGACAACAAAAACCGGUGCGUUGUUGCUCUUAGCUCUUCACACCGAUGGCCGUAGUUUACGUCGCAUGAUGCUUCAGCGCGCCGGCGGCGCUGUGCUCUCUUCGGGCAUGUGUCUGCUGUCGAGAGAUUUGUUGUUCCUAGGAAGUCGCAUUGGUGACUCGCUUUUGGUGAAGUUCACGCCUAAAGAAGAACCGACGGCACCUCUCAUGCUUCCCGACGCCGAAGACGAGAGCGAGGAUGAGGCGACGGAGAAGUCGAAGGAUGACGAUGACGAGCUCGAGGCGUUGCUCUACGGCACGACGAAAACGGAGACUGUGCAGACCGACGCCGUGCAAACGGAGAAGAAGCGCGAAGGCUUGGCCGGCAUCAUCCCAGGCUUGAAGGUUGCUGGUUACGAUUUGAAGGUCAAGGACUCUUUGCUCGGCGUCGCGCCUGUGGUGGAUAUCGCCGUCGGCGCGAGCGCGCCCAUGGGUUCGAACAAGAACGAGCGCACCGAGCUCAUCACCGCGUGCGGUCAAGGGAAGAACGGUGCGCUGGCAAUUUUGACUCGUGGCGUCCAGCCUGAACUCGUCACCGAAGUCGAAUCCGGUACGCUGCCCAAUUUACAAGGUUUGUGGACGUUGCACUAUCGCAAAGAAGGUUCGAAAGAAGAACGCGAACCUUUCCAUCAUCAUUUGUUACUGAGCAUGAAGUCGUCGACGAUGAUCAUGGAAACCGGCGAGGAGCUUCAAGAAGUGAGCGCCUCGCUCGAGUUCAUCACGAAUCAAGCCACGUUGGCGGCGUCGAAUAUUUUCGGACAUUACUGCUCGGUCCAAGUCACGGGAACGGGCAUCCGCGUGUUAAAGGGAGGCGUGAAGGUACAAGACGUCGGUUUGCAGGACAUGGACGCACCGAAGGGAGCCGCGAUCGCGUCCGCACAGAUUUUAGAUCCUUACAUCAUCGUUCGGCUAUCGGAUGGUUCGAUAAGAUUGUUGUCCGGAGACGAAAAACAGAUGAGUGUUUCGUUGAUGGAAACGGGGGCGAUCCCAACAUCUUCAGUAACGGCGUUCGCUCUGGUGGAUGAUUCUGUUGAAGCCGCAGACGCGGCGGGCGGGGGCGAACGCAAGAGCGGAUGGAUUCAUCGAGCUGCGACGAAUGGCACCAUUACGGGUUUGGAAGGGAACAAGAAGAGCGGCGCGUGCAACAACAGCGAGGCCAUCGUCGCGCUGACGCGCGAGGGUGGAAGUCUGGAAUUGUUUUCGUUGCCCAGCUGCACGCGCAUCUGGUGCGCCGAUGGGCUGUCCGAGGGCAUGCGCGUAUUGAGUCCGCAAACACCCGUCAACGCUGAGUCCAGUGUCCCUGAGAUUGUCGAUAUUCGCAUCGAUUCAUUCCAAGAUGCGCACGAGCGCCCUUUGCUCACCGCAGUGCGUGGCGAUGGCACGUUGCUCUUGUAUAAGGGUUUCAUUGUUCCCGCCGGGACGACGUACGAAGGACAAGACGAACCGCUCGAAAAGAAUGAGUUGCGAUUUUCUCGCGUCAACGUCGACGUUGAAGGUUCUGGUUUGAAUGUCGCUGGCAUAGGCGCCGCAGGUCAGCUUAGAGACUCCCUAGCGGGCGCGCGAUUGACGCGCAUCGGUAACGUCGGCGAAGGACAAGGCGUGCAAGGCAUCUUUGUCGCAGGCCCAAACCCGUUGUGGCUCAUCGUUCGCAGGUCUCGCGUAUUAGCUCUCCCGACGCGUGGUGAAGGCGAGGUCGUCGCAUUCACGGUAUUCCACAACGUCAACUGUCCGCACGGUUUCAUUCUAGGCACCGCGUUGGGUGGCGUGCGCAUUUGUCAGAUGCCUAGUAAAAUGCACUACGAAGCUGCGUGGCCGGUGCGCAAGGUGGCGCUCAAGUGUACGCCGCACACGAUUACGUACCUGCCAGAUUUCAAGCUCUACGCACUGGUUACAUCAGCUCCUGUGCCUUGGGUCGAACGGGAAAUAGAGCAAGAUAAUGUCCACGGUAUCGCCUUGGCAAAAGUGCGACGCGAGCGCGCGAAAGCGAACGAUGACAUGGAGUUACAAUACUCGGUGCGACUCCUCGUUCCUGGAUCGCUCGAUAGCGCGUGGCAACACGCGCUCGAACCGGGCGAGCACGUGCAGUGCGUUCGAAAUGUCCAAUUGAGAGACAUUAACACUGGGGCACUCCUUUCACUUCUUGCCGUCGGUACGGCGAUGCCUGGAGGAGAAGACACGCCGUGUCGCGGUCGCGUCAUUUUAUUUCAAAUGGUGUGGGAGCGCGACGCCGAAUCCAUGGAUGGGUACAGAUGGAAAGGACAAGUGUGCUGCGUGCGCGAAGCGAAGAUGGCGUGCACCGCGUUAUCGGCGCUCGACGGUCACCUGAUUGUUGCGGUCGGUACCAAGCUCACCGUGCACACGUGGGAUGGCGUCGAAUUGAAUAGUGUCGCUUUCUUCGACACCCCAAUUCACACCGUGAGCAUCAACGUCGUGAAGAAUUUCAUCCUGGUGGGCGAUUUAGAGAAGGGCUUGCACUUUUUCCGCUGGAAGGCGAACGGCUUCGAGAAGUCGAUCAUUCAGCUCAGCAAGGAUUUCGAUCGCAUGGACGUCGUGAGCACAGAGUUCUUGAUCGACGGCGCCACUCUGAGUUUGCUCGGGUCCGACAUGAGCGGCAACGCGCGCAUCUUUGGCUACGAUCCAAAAUCGCUCGAGUCGUGGAAAGGACAGAAACUCCUCGUGCGUUCGGCGUACCACGUCGGUUCGCCCAUCUCUCGCAUGGUGCGUUUUAACGUGGAAGGUACGACCGCGAAAGCCGCGCCGGGAGAACGCCCCAAAGGCACCAAUCGACACGCCGUCUUCUUCGGCACGCUCGACGGCGCUUUGGGCAUCUUCAUGCCCACCGACGAGCCGACGUACGCCAAGCUCCACGCCCUUCAACGCGAGUUGAACACCACGGUGCGCUCACCGAUCGGUUGCAACCCGCGCACGUUUCGCACCCCCAAAGUCUUCGAAGGCAAGCAUGUGCAAUUACUCGCCCCCCUCGACGUCCUCGACGGCGGUUUACUCUCCAAAUUCGAGACGCUCACCUUCACCGAGCAGCGCGCCGUCGCCGAGCGAAGCGGCGUCGACCGCGAUUUGGCCCUCGGUUUGAUCCAGCACCUCAGCGCCAGCAACGCGUUCGUGUGA